UUCUUUUUAGAUUAUGAGGCUAUAUUUGCCUAAAUUAUAUCUUAUAUUAAUAACAAAUUUAAUACUUUGGAAUGAAAUUGACAGUAAAUCAACAGAAUAUGGUGAGCAGUAUAUUCAUUCAAACAAUCCACUAUCUUCUAUAUUCCAUGAAAAUAUUGACAAUGAUUUAACAUUGAACGAGAAUAAUGAUAUAGAUGAUUUAAAUGAUCAGAAUGAUUAUAUAAUUGCAGAAAAUCCACAACAUGAUCCUGAAAAACUAUUCCAACCGAUUGAAUAUGAUUUACAAUGGAGAAAUACACACAAACACGAUAAACACAGUCAACCAUUGGAACCAUUGAACAUUGAACAUGAUGAAAGAAUCAUUUCAGAUAAUUUGCUGAAAAAACUUACAGAGAAUUUAUUGAAACAAUCAACCAUGCCACAGAUUAGUCCUACAUCAAUGUCGUCGUCGUCAUCAUCGUUGCCGUCUACAACAUCAUCCACAUCGUCAGGAUUAUUACCGCCAUCGCCUAUGUUUCAUGCAUCAUUGUCUAGACCAUCAAUAAUACCGUAUUCAUGGUUAAAACGUUCAGUAUUGAUGCGUGGUAGACCAUAUCGAUGGAAACGUGAUGAUCUUGGUUGGAAAAGAAGCGGUAUACAUUAUCAUGUGUGAAUCUAAAGAAGCAGAAAAAAAACUAACCGAUUCAAUGGUUUUGAAGUUCAUUGAUACAAUGCAACAUUUAAUAAUAUAAUCGUGAACAAUUGAACAAAACUUGACUGACUAACUAACUAACUAAUUAAUUAAUUAAUUAACUAAACAGGGAACUAUUUUUGACAGAAUAUAUAUCUAUUCAC